AUGGCCACUGACUCAGGAGAUGAUGUUGGGGUGAAGGAUGAUGCCCGCGUGGACCCAAUGGACACUAGAGCCACUGCGGAUGAUUCUCAAGCGUCCGAUAACGACAACGCUGAGCGCCCUGUCCGUCACAAGCUAAAGGAGACAUCCAUCACCUCGGCCCCGAACGCUUCGACAACCGGCGCUUCCACUGAACAACAACAAGACGGUGAAAAUAGCCGUUCGAGCAGCAGAGGUAGGAAGCGAUCGUUCGACGAGGACCAACCCGAGAAUCUAGACGAGGAAAACGGUCAUAGGCGGAAGAGGUCACGCGACUCCAAGGCUGAGGAGGAUGAGAACAUUACUUCGUUAAACGCGCCCGAGGCAGAGGGUGAGCAGACACAGACCACGAACAUCGCCAGAAAAAUCCUGAGCCCAAAGAAGAAGAGAAGCCGAGACCAACUGGAUAAGGAUGAGCCAAAGGCCGAAAGCACCGUCGAGGACAACAAGACCUCUGCAGAAAAUGGCGCCUCCACGACAACUGCAGGGGAGCCUGAGAAGAAGCGACACAGGGACGCUUCCCAGGAAAGAGGAUCGGCCCCUCUUAAGAGCGCAUUUGCAAACACAUCUGCUGUUUCGCCUUUCGGCUCGCUUGGUGCCUCGAAGCCCAAGGAAGAAACCUCGAAGCCGGUUGCCACAUCCUCAUCUGCAUUCGCUGCUUCGAGCCUGGCCGCUUUUGCUAGCUCAGAGCAGUCACCUUUUGGCGCCAUAGGAGGCUCCAACACAUCCGUCUUUAAGUCGGCAACUACUACUGAAGCUACUAAACCAGCCGCUACCGGAUUCGCGGGCGCUGCUAGCACCUCCGGUUUUGCAUCUUUGGGUUCCGGAUUCUCUGGGUUCAGCGGUGGAUUUGGGGCUGCCGGUUUGAAGGGCGGUCUCACUAGCUUCGCUGCACCAGGGGGCGCCGGUAUUCUCGGCAGUUCUAGCAAGAGUAAACCGUUUGGGGCAGAAGAGGACGAAGAAGAAGAAGAAAAGGAGAAGGAGAAGGAAGCCGAUACUGCUCCUGGAGAAUUCGAGGAGGAUAAGACAGAUGAAAGGUUUUUUGAACGACCGAAGGACAAGAAGGCUGCUCGCUUGAUCAUGCGCGCCGACGGUGUUCUACGUGUAAUGCUAAACACACCCCUUUUCAAGGGCAUGAAGGUUGGUGAUGCGUCAGGCAACGAACCCAAGUCCAAGCAGAUCCACCUCGCAAGUCUGGAAGAAGGCCGAUCGGUUCCUACCUUACUGAGGGGAUCAGUCCUCAGGGGACAACUACCCGGAUACCAAUGUUUUGGAACGUGGCUGUCGCACAUAAGAGCCCUUCGGUUCAAAAGGUGA